CCAUAGUACAGAUAGGUAAUUCUGAAAAAUAAUUAUUAUUAAAAAUUAGCUUAUAUUAAAACAAACAAAACACGGCUUUUUUGUUAUUUGAGGUUAUAUUGUUUAUCCCCAUAGGAAUUGUAUAACUUGCUUUAAUCUAUGGCAAAGCUAUAAAGCCUCUUUAUUUAUUUUAUAUAUGUACCUACUUUAUUUUUCAGAUAUGACACUAAAAAAUAAAAAAGUUAAUCUGUUGUGUGGCAUUUACCAAAAAUGUCAGCUUCAUCAAAAUUAAUAAUUCACAAAUUUGAAGCAUCUGGUCUUAAUGUUAAAUCUUUACAUGUUACAUUUGAACACGAAGAAAAUUCGCCAAAAAUAAGUUAUAGUGAGUGGUUGGACGAUAAAUUACAAGAGAAAAAGAAAGAUAUUGAUAAGUCGUCACGUCUAGUAGUGAAAAUUGUGUCGGGAAAUGAGACUGAUAAAUUUAAUCUAGACGAAAAUGCUAUAGAAAUUGAUUCGCCAGAAUCUUACAUACACAAUAUUUUUUUUGAUACUUCGACACAGUACAAAUCUGAACAUAAAUUAAGUGAAAAGGCUCAGAGCAUAGAUUGUUAUCAUGAAGAUGAAUCAAGAGACAUAUUAAAUGCUAAUCAGUCAACAUUUUCAAUUAAUACACAGCUCGAAAAUGAACUUCCAUUACCGUUUUAUUUAAAAAAUAAAUACAAAUUAUUAAAUGCAGAAAAUUAUUUGAGCCCAUUAGAACAUAGUCUUGAAAAAGUGAAAGAGAAUAAUGCACGUAUUAUGGAAAAUAUUCACAUGCUCAACAGAACCUUGAACUAUACAAAGAAGAAAGAAAUAUUAGAUAUUGUUUGCCCAAAAUCUAUAAGAUCAUUUCCUUGUAGUACCUGUGGCAAAUGUUUUGUUUAUGAAACUGGUUUGAGAAGACAUUACUCAAUGAGACACGCAAUGGCCGAUGUGCUACCACGUUGGCAAGUGGUGUGGACCUGUAUUCAGUGCUUUCAAGUCUGGCCUUCCCAAGAUCAAGCUUUAAAACAUUCUACUGAAUGUUGUAAAUCAAAUAAUACUGAUUAUGUUCGAGAGAUUAAAACCUCUUCAUUGCUGCAAUGUGAAUUUUGUGAAAAAGUUUUUACAAGCAUUCCUAGACUACUUCGUCACUCUAAAAUUCAUACAACUGCAAACAAUUAUGAGUGCACUGCUUGUGAAAUGGCAUUUGUGUCAUAUAAAACAGCAGAACAACAUUGGUUGAUAUGUCCGUGGUUGAAUAUGUAUUACAGUUUUUCACUGCCAAAACUACUACUUUGCAACUUAUGUGAUCGUAAAUUCAGGAAUUAUGAACAAUUGUACAAUCACAGGUAGGCAUUGCAACAUAAACACUUACAAUGUUGAAUACAAUUUAGGGUGAUAUAUUUUAUUAAUAUAAUUAUUUUCAUGCAGAUACAAAGUGGGUCACUUCAUGACUAAAACACAUUGCAAUCAAGACAACAGUAAAUCUUUAGGUAUACUGGUUUAUCAAUGUGAAAUUUGUGGGCAAUGGUAUGCCUCCGUAUCUCCACUUAAAGCACACAAGAAUCAAUACCAUUCCAAAAAUGAUGGAGGGAUACCAUGCAGAACAGUGUGUAUAUUUAUUAUUUAUUUCUCCCAUGUAUACUCUAUAGCUAUAAGCCUGUCUUUUCUUUUUUGUAGAUUUGUGAUGUGUGCUUUUAAGUUUAUAAUUAUAUAUCUAUAUACAUAUAUAUAUAUAUAUAUAUAUAUAUAUUUCAAGUUGCAUUCAUGCUCAAAUUUAGAUCAAAUUAUGAAUCUAAUGUAGGUAUUAAAAUAUUUAGUAUUCCUUAAUGGUCAUAACUGCACCCAAUAAAUUAUGCACAACUUAUUUUAAUUGCAGGAUAAUGCUAUAACAGAGAGUGCAAACAAUUAUGUUUCAAAUGAAAAUGAAAUAUAUAUUAGUAAAAAUGAAGAAAUUAUUAAGUCCAAAGAAGAAUAAUGAUGGUACAAAUAACACCAUAAUUUGAAGACUUUGUAUUGUAUGUAAUAGGUAUUUUUAUUAAAAUAAAAUAAUAAGUGUAACCAGAUCUUUGUUUAUUGUUUCAUGAAGUCUUACCUUGUCUGUAGGGCACAUGACCAG